AGAGGAGCGGAGCAUGCGUAUUACGAGGCAGGCGCGGCGCUGAUGCUCUAAAAGCCGGACUCGGGAGCCCCCGGCAGCGGUGGUGUGGUUGAGGCGUGGGGAUGGCGUGUCGCGGGCGCCGGCCGGAGCACGGUGGCCCCCCAGAGCUGUUUUACGACAAGAAUGAAGCCCAGAAAUACAUGCGCAACUCUAGAAUGAUUGAUGUGCAGACCAAGAUGACUGGGCGAGCAUUGGAGCUCCUUGAUCUGCCUGAUGAGAAGCCCUGUUUCCUGUUGGAUAUUGGCUGUGGUACUGGGCUGAGUGGAGAUUAUCUCUCUGAUGAGGGGCACUAUUGGGUGGGCAUCGACAUCAGCCUUGCCAUGCUGGAUGCAGCUUUGGACCGAGAAGCACAAGGAGACCUACUUCUGGGGGACAUGGGCCAGGGCAUUCCCUUCAAACCGGGCUCCUUUGAUGGUUGUAUCAGCAUUUCUGCUGUGCAGUGGCUCUGUAAUGCUAACAAGAAGUCAGACAUUCCUGCCAAGCGCCUGUACUGCUUUUUUUCUUCUCUUUAUUCUGUGCUGGUCCGUGGAGCCCGAGCUGUUCUGCAGCUAUACCCUGAGAACUCGGAGCAGUUGGAGCUAAUUACGACCCAGGCCAUCAGGGCUGGUUUCACUGGUGGUGUGGUGGUGGACUACCCCAACAGUGCCAAAGCAAAGAAGUUCUACCUGUGUUUGUUUUCUGGGCCAUCAACCUUUCUGCCAAAGGGCCUACAUGAAAUUAAGGAAGAAGAGGAGGCAAAGGAAUCCACAUUCACUAACAAGAGUCAGGCUGUUCCAUCCAUCAGUUCACAGCUGUGUCUCCGGCACAGGGUCCCGUACAGGACUGCACGGAGAGGGGUGGUGAGGAAGACCCGGGAGUGGGUGCUGGAGAAGAAAGAACGCCGUAGACGCCAGGGCAAGGAAGUCAGACCUGAUACUCAGUACACCGGCCGCAAGCGCAAGCCCUACUUCUAAGCAGUUCGCUGCAUUGAAUGGUGGGACAGCUCGGGGUCCACACAAUUGUGAGCUGUGCCAUCCAGCUCAGGCAUUUGCUUCUGGAAAGUUUUAUAUAUUGAAGUAUCUACUUCAUCAGCUGACAAAAUAGGGUCUAGAUAAGUUCUAAUAGCCCUGACCAAUGUGGCUCAGUGGUUAGAGCGUCGGCCUGUGCACCAAAGGGUCAUGGGUUCGCUCCCCGCCCCUGGUCGGGGUGUGUGCAGGAGGAAGCCAAUUGAUGUCUCUCUCACAUCGAUGUUUCUCCCUUCCUUCUAUUCUCUGAAGAAACAAUGGAAAAAAUAUCCUCAGGUGAGGAUUAACAACUGCAAAAAAGCUCUAAUGCUAUUUUCUUCUUUAAAGUUCUAAUGGCAUCUUAUUUUGUUGUAAAAGUAAUAAACCACUUUCUAUGGAA